AUGCUGAACCCAUCGCGAGGAGUUUUGUUCGUGCUCAUUGCGUUGCUGCUUCUCUGGGGCUUCCAUCUCGGCGCAUACCUGGAUCCCUCGACCUCAGGCGCAUCCAGCUCGUUGUUCGAUUUCAAAUCCGGGGCCGCAAAGUCCCCACUAUCGUCACAUGUACAUACCUACUUCGAGCAGGCAUUUUCCGUGGAAAGGCCCCCAGACUACGCAUUCUCGGCGUUGAAAGCUGCAUGCGAGCGGACGCAAUGGCAGGAACACAACAAGAACACGUUCCUCAGAUGCGACGGCAUCAACGCGGGGAUGACUUCGAUCAUGUCGCAAGUUAAAGUCUGCUUCAAGAUGGCGAUCGAUGCCGGCGUGCACAUGCUCCUGCCGGAUAUGCCACUCCGGGACAGCGAUGACUUGCUCGAAUUCAACCUAAUGAAUGAGUCGGCUUAUAUGCCCUUCGACCAGUGGUUCGAUCAAGACCACGUGUUGGCCUCGAUGUCCAGGGCCUGUCCCCAGAUGAACAUCCGACAGACUAAAGACGUCGGCACACCAUCAAUGCCGGUUCUCAACGAGUGGAGGAUGGACAUCGGGUCUGCUCCAGGAUUCCAGAUACUUUCUGGGUACUUCUGGGUCGGGCGGCCUUUCAAGUCCUGGUUUGAUGGCGAACUGGCUGCGAUGCGAUUCUUCAGCAGCUUGAGUCCAAAAGACGACGCCGAAUACGAGCACGCCGGUGAGCUUUCUCGCUCGACAUCACAGGACGGUGCAACGAUCCUCCAAAUCGCCUCCCAAUUCCUCCUCUUCCGCCUGACAGACGACCCAACCGGCCGAGAAGUUGCCCUGUGGAACGACCUCACGCACCUGGUCCGGUUCACCGAGACACCACGCAGGCUCACAAACAGGAUCUUGUCGCACAUCGACCGGCCGUAUUAUGGCGUACACUUCCGCACCGAACGCGACAAUAUCUGGUCGUCCUUUGAGAACCAGCUCAAGGUUGACCUCGACGCGCUCGACCAGGCUUGGGCGCAAUACGGUUCGCCGUCGCAGGAGAAGCCCCUCGUAUACCUAGCUUGCGGGGACGAGGGCCAGAUCGAGAAAUUCUCAGAGGCGGCGGCGCACCGCGGCUGGAUUGUGACAUCUAAAUACGACAUCGCGAAAGACUAUCCUGUUACAUUGAAGAUGAUCAAGGACAUGCCUUUCGAUUUCCAAGGCGCCGUGGAUAUGGGUGUCAUGCUGGAGAGCCACUUUUUCCUGGGCAUCACCGGGAGUGCUUUUUCGAGCUCUGUGGCGAACAUGAGAGACUCGACGGGGAGGUACAGGGGCAGCAGUUUGAUUUACCCUGACGAUGCGAAUGCUCGCACACACUUGUUCAAUGAUGGAGAUGCUUCAGGAUACCCUUGCUGUUUGUAA